UUUAAAUAUUUAUUUAAAAAUGCCUCGCUUGUAUGUGAAUAAUAGAGCACCAGGGGUGUAUUAUUUCUGAUUUCAGUUUUUUACGCAUGGUAUUAGUUUCUCGAAAGAUCUUUAUAAUGUUAAGAAUCCGGCCAUAGCAGUAAGGUUCAUUGACUUCCCAACUCUAUUGAUUAAGGCGCAUGUUCGGGAGGAUGGGACAUUAGGAAUGGAGAGCGGUAAAAAGACUACGUUUUCCAUGCACUCGGAUGAUCUUCAUGCAGCUCUUGAGGCAAGACCAGCCUCAGUAAUGCUGGUUGAUGCUGAUCCAAACAAUGUGAAUAUUCUAGCAUCGACAUCUGUGAGUUUGAAAAUAUUCGCGAAGUUUAAAUAUUUCUUUGAUUAUGAAGAUCCUAGUACAAAUCUAAAAAGAUCAAAUAUAACCCUUUUUGACUCACUAAAGAACCCGAUUGCAAAACUAGACUCUACUAUUUGAAUUUCUCUGCUGGAUCGUCACUCUGUAGAAGCAAUUAAGGAAAGAGAAAGACAGAAAGGAACAGCUAUCAAAGAAGCUAGAGUUGCUCAUAAAAGAGACAACUCAGAAGAAAGCAAAAGUGAUCUCCAAGUCUCUAAGCCCUUUCUAAUUGAUGAGUUCAGCAAAGGAAGAAUGAGAUAUGAGGAAACAAAGGAUGACCUGAGUAAUUCAGUCUCUGAGCCAAUGAGAUCUGGAAGGAAGAAGUCAAAAUCUAAAAAGAAAGGAUCCAAAAAUACCACCAAACUUGAUAUUUACGAAGAAUCAAAAGAUGCUGGACAGAUUCCUACACAGGAAUCCAAGCCAGAACCUCUUGAAAAGCCAAGCUUCCGUAAUAAAAAGGACGACAUGAAACUAUACGGAGACAGCGAUGAUGAGCUAGAAAUUAGAAAGAUCUUCCUUCAGCAUCAAAGAAGAGAUGUUGAAGAGUUUGCCUCAGAGAAAAUCACUGAAAAACAUGGCACCUUUCUACAAUCUCUAAAUGAUCCCUUCUGUCCUCCAGCAAUGCAGUUUCAUAACUCUAAAGAGCAAUCUAAGAGGAAAGUUCAACAUAAAGAACAAGUUAGAAAGAAGAGACAGGACCUGAUGGGCAAAAUUGGAACUGCAGGUAGACAACAAGUUAGUAAUCCUAGUGCAGUCAACUCAGAAAUGAAGCCAAAAUCCAUUCUUAAGCCAAAAUCAGCAGCCAUGCAGUAUCAAGAAGAGAACAAAAGUGCAGAUAUUCUCAUUAGCCAAGGAGCUAUGAAGGAGAUUUUGAAUGAACUUUCCUUUUUACGUAAGAAAAUAGACACAAUGGAGAAGACUCAAAAGUCUCCUCCAAAACAUAAAAGUGAGAGCAGCAAGAGUAAGUCACCUCCUCGAAAAGAAGAGGAGAGAAAGUCUACUCCAACACCAAGGGACUUAAACUCUAGUCAAGGAGAUAUGAAGUCUCAGCAGAGUCAUAGCAAAUCUAGUUCAAGGAAAAGAAAGAAAAAGAAAGCUGCUAGGAUAUCUCAUCAAGAACCACUCGAACCUUCUGCAUCUCUGGAUAUCACCAAUGAAUUUGAUGGGGAAGAAUUUUCAUUUGAUGAAUCUAAGGAUUUCAAGAAAACUAGCAAGAAAUCAAAGAAAGACAAGAAGGAUAAAAAAAAAUCUGAGAAGUCUCAUAAAUCUAAAUCUAAGCACAACUCUAUUGAGAUGCUCAAUAAAAACAAAUCCCUUGACAGCCAAGGAGAACAGCUUUAUCAACCAGGACAGCCUUCUCUCGUGAAGAACCCAACUGGAGGAACAUCAACUACGAUAAAAAUCGGUCGAUCCCAGACUCUCAAGCCAGAAAUAAGAAAAUUCAACAACCAAACUGAUUUCUUGAAGAAAUUUGAGGAAGAGACUCAAAAGAAGCCUACAAAGGUUGAAGAAUUCCCUGAAGAAGAUAUCACCUCCUAUUACACAUCUGAAUUUACUGAUUAAG